UCUACACUCGGCUAUCACUCAAACGCGCCCAAUAAGACACAGGUUGGUCCCGUGAUCUGCGGGCGACGGGCACGUCGUCAUUCCCUGUCGGACCACAGUAGAACAUCUUUGGUAAUACUCCCGAGGAAGAUGGCGGCUGAGCAGAGGAUGAUGUCUGGUCGGGUCUGUAUGGCGGCGUUUCUAGCCAUGUUGUGCACCUUCUCCUCCGGGAAAUGUGACGAGCAGGUGCCGCUGAUGCUGUGGACGAGUGAAGGGUCUGGUCUGCCGUCCCAGGCUGUUCCUGCUGCUGGUCACAUAGUGGGUAUCAGUCAGCUGAGCUCAUACCUGGAGACCGCCCUGAGGUCAUCCCCGCACAACGUAAUGCUCUUCCUGCAGGACAAGAUGAGUAUUGAAGACUUCACCAUGUACGGAGGUGCAUUUGGCAACAAGCAGGACAGUGCCUUCCCUAACCUAGAGGGGGCACUCCUCUCCAGCCCUUCCCCGUUGAUCCUGCCUACCGUGGCCUGGCCAGCAUCCAGUGCUGUGAUUGGUCAACUCCAGGACCAAUUAGACACCUCUCCUCUCUACAUGGACCCAGAGAUGCUGAGCCAGCUACGACUCAACUCUUCUACCCCCGCCCUGCUGGUCUUCAGACUACCUUACAGCACCGGGGCCGAUCUGAUGUCCGUUAAGGAGGUUCUCAGCGGGAAUGAUGAGGUGAUUGGACAGGUGAUGAGCAUUAUGAAGAGCCAGUCUGUCCCCUACACUGCCGUCUACACUGCAGUGAGACCCUCACGGGUGUCAUCUAUUUCUAUGGACAUGGAGGCUGGUGUAAGAGGAGGGCGCUCUCUAUUGCAGUACGGAGACAGAAAGAGGGAGAGAGAGAGACAGAGGGAGAAGGAAAGGGCAGAGAAGAAGAUCAACGACAGGACAUCAGACAGGACAGGAGUCUACCCACCAGUGGAGUUUAAGGAGGGCGGAGCCGGCUGUAUCAUGCUAUGGGCGGAGAACCUGACCGUGAGCGUGCUGCGUGGCGGUCGCUGGGAACGACACGACCUCACCUCUCUGACCUUUGGAGAGGGCGUGACCCCUAGGCUCCAGGGCUCCCUCUGCAAUCAAUCACACUCCAGUCUGGUUCUAAACUAUGAGAAUAUCCUGGGACACCGCUCCUUCAAACUAGUGUUUGCCAUGUCCCAGCGCCACUACAAGGUGUCAGCUCGCCGCUGGUUCACGCUAGACGCCGUGGAGAUAGAAUACGACGGUCAGAAAGCAACGUUUAACGGGAGCCGUAACGUGUACGCGCCGGCUGAGUACUCCUACCGCUGUCAGUCAGUCACUAACUUCAGAUACCCCGUCCUGGUACCGCGCACCUCCAGAGACCCUGCUAACCAGUGGAGGGUCUCAUUCACUGACUUCCAGAUCCAGGGUUUCAACGUGGCAGGGGGAGAGUUCUCCUAUGCCAGUGACUGUGCAGGGUUCUUCAGUCCUGGUAUCUGGAUGGGACUGCUGACCAGUCUACUGAUGCUUCUGGUCCUGACCUACGGCCUCCAUAUGAUCAUGCAGCUUCACACCAUGGACCGCUUUGAUGACCCAAAGGGACCUGCUAUCUCCGUACCACAGACUGACUAACACACACACCACGAGCAAAUAAUGCCCCCACACACACACCUUACACACACACACACCUUACACACACACACACACACCUUACACACACACACACCUUACACACACACACACCAUGGACCGCUUUGAUGACCCCAAGGGACCUGCUAUCUCCGUACCGCAGACUGACUAACACACACACACACACACACACACACACACACACACACCAUGGACCGCUUUGAUGACCCCAAGGGACCUGCUAUCUCCGUACCGCAGACCGACUAACACACACACACACACACACACCAUGGACCGCUUUGACGACCCCAAGG